AUGUUUGAUCCCGUAUUCUGUAGAAUGCGUUCAACUUCUACUCGUGAAUAUAAUGAUGCACUUCUGCGUUACGAAAAGAUCGAGCAUAAUUUACUGAAACAGUCACCAGUGGCACGCUCCUGCGAUCGUUUGUGGCUUCCAUAUCGUCUACCUGCCUUCGAUGACAUUUGGGCGGCACGCAGUGCACGGUUCUUAAUAACUCCGUCAUUCCUUAUUUUAGUGCACAAGAUUGUUUAUAUCUAUGUUGAUUGUCAAGAGCUGAACGAGUCAAUUUUUCAAGCAACUGUUUAUUUACUGACGUUAUUUGUCAAGUUUGUAACGUCCAGACAGUUUCCAAAUAUUGUGAUGGAUGCGUUAACGAAUGUACCAUUAUCGAUAAAGGAAAUGAUGAGUAAAGGAAGCACUGUUUCUGAUAUGCUCGCAUCAUCAUUCACAAAAAUUGUUAUAACGAAGGAGAGGAAAAUGUCACCCAUAAUCAUGCUUUUGCUUAAUUAUAUGCGGCAGUUGAAUGACGAGAAAGCCAUUACUAGAGAAAGCGAUCGCUUAUUAGCAGAGGCACUUUAUAAAAAAAUAAAUAUGGAUGCUCAGGAAUUGGAUUCUGUCUCAGGUUAUGCUAUUGACUAUAUUGGGCGUCUUUUCUGCCUUCUUUAUCACAGCUGCGAUGAAGUACGCAAAUUUUUGGAUAAAUUUAUCGUUGACUAUCGAAUGCGACAAUCAAAAAGAGACGAAUGUAAUAAAGGUCAUGAUACGUCUCCAAUUAAUUCCGCUCGUCGGCUGGCUGCCAAACGUCGUCAGGAAAUUUUGCUGGCUGCCCAUCAGAAAAAAAACGCAUUGCUAAUGAAAAAAAUGAUGGAAAUAGAAGGAAUGACUCAAACUGAAAUGGAUGCAAUGGAAACUGCAGAGAACUCGUCUGUCAGACGUUAUGGAUGUUCCAUUUGCAACGAUACAACAGCAUGCACUUUAGAUCAUCCAGUGGGAAUGAUGUGUAGUUUUCUGAUCAAUUACGUGCUAGAGCAUUCGUUAUCCAUUGAUUGCUUGUCUCUCUCAGUUCUGGAAGUUGAUGAGAAAGAUAUACGUCUUAAUCCCUUGAUGUUGAAAGCUUUUAAUUCAUAUCGUCGAUCUCUUAUAGAAACGCUGUUCGCAAAAGAUCUUGACCUUGUUGAAGCUCCUGCUGGUAUUGAAGUCCGUACUUGCGGUCAUUACGCACAUGUUGAAUGCUAUAAAACUUACAUCCGUACAUUGCUGGAGGAUUCGUCACCGACAUCUGAUCCAUUGCGAGUGCAAAUUGAGAUUUCAUGCCCUGUGUGCCGUGCCACAGUCCAUACUUUAUUGCCUGAUAAUGAGAGCGAGAAAUUCACAUUAUAUGAAGAUUUAUUUGUGGCUUUCUUGACAGUAUGUGACGAAUGGACAAGUUAUCGAGAAAUUAAUGCUAGCACACCUAAAAAUUUGCAGAUGUUCGCUCUAGAACUUGCUAAAAAUAACAUUGAACGCAAUAUUUUGUUAUCAGAGUUAGAUUUGUACGACCGCAGCAAUCGUGAGCUACUUACAGGUGUGCAUAUUUUAAGGAUUAUGAAAAUUCUUUCAAACUUCAUUGUAGGUCGUUUUGCAGAACACUUUGUUCUCUGUUUAGUUGAACAUCUGAUCCAUGGGGUGCGUUAUCAGGGCACCAGACGCGAUAUUGAUUUCAUAGCUUAUCAGUGGAAACAUAUAACUUUCGGGUUCAGUAAAAAUUACGGCAAUAUGGGAGUGGACUGCAGCCGUAUUCAAGAAAUUUGGCAGCAGUCAACGUCCCAGGAAUCUGAGAUUUCAGAUUCUUCUAUAAUUGAAGCAAAGAUAGCGAAAAUGCAUAUGGAAAAUGAUAAUAAAUUGGAGGACGAAAUUCCAUUGGUGGUUUUUGAUCUAAAGACUACUCUCGUUCGCAUCAGUGCUUACAUUGUUACUGAUGAUUCUUUAACCAGUGAAGAUAGAAAAGGUUUGUUAUCUGGGAUUUCGGCUGUUUUGGUCGCUGCUUUGUUAGCAGUGCUAACUUCACUUCAUGACUUUUGGUUUUUGUUAGGUCUGCUCUCCUUUGUAUUUCAAGCGACUUUUUACGCAUCGAUCGUUCGUACAGCAAUUGUAGCUGCUAUUCAUAUGCGAAAAUCACAGCUGAAGGAAUUAAAAGAUCUUUCGCUAAGUAAUGAGGUAUUUACGUUUGCUGUGCAAAAUGUCGUGAAUAAGAUUCUCUCUUAUUCCUGCAUGGAAUUGGAAGAUAUUUUUAUAUCAAAUGCCACUUUUGUGGAUUUCGAGAAAGCUCUGCAGUUUGCGUGUACAGAUUUAUCACGUCUUACUGCACAGUUGUGGCAUGAAUGUGGUAUUCAGAAGUACCCUAAAGACUAUUCUAUGACUAAUGCAACGUAUAUGGAAAUUUACCGCUCACUAACAGAUUGUAAUGAGCUGUCCCUAGAGUUACUACCAAUAGAUCAUAUAAAUAGAUGGGUUGGAACAGUGUUUCAGUCGAUGAAUCGUUUAGAUUUCCUAGUGAAUUUAUGCGAAGAACCAUUGUCUUGGCAUAGGUUUAUUCUUCUUCAAUUGCCUGGAAAUUAUGAUGAUUUAUUCACUCGGUUUUUUGGACGCACAUGUGUAACAUGUCAGAAGGUCCCUCGAAUGCCCUUUAUAUGUCUUCUCUGCGGGCUUUUAUUAUGUUUAGAUAACUGUUGCACAUUACCAUACAAUGAAGUCGUCCUUUCUAAUGAAGUUGAACGGCACACAUAUGUGUGCUGUGGUGGUGUGGGAUGCUUUCUGUCGCUCAAUACCACAUUAAUUGCAAUAGUUAGUAACCGAAAGGCAGCUCUGUGGGGUUCAGUAUACUUGGACGCACAUGGUGAAGAAGAUCGCAAUUUGAGACGAGGCAAACCAUUGUUUUUAUCGAAACGGCGAUUAGAACGACUUUUCGCGGACUGGGCUAUGCAAUCAUUUGAUCAUUUAAUUGUGAAGUUCUUCAAUUUUGAAAAUUUGAUGUCAUAUCUUCGUGAUGGUCAUUAUGCGCUUCAGUGA